UCUUUGAAUUUGUUGCUCACAUUCCUGCACCUUCAUUUCAGUUUGGUGGGAAAUCUGGAUCAACUGUUUCAACUGCAAUAUUUUGAAUGAAUAACUUUGAUGUUGGUAUUUUAUUGAGGUUUGCAAAAGCUUGUGUUGUUUUCAUCAUUUUUCUGUUUGGAUUUUAUAUCGUUCUGCCUACAACCUUCCAGUAUACAUUUUCUUAUAUAAGACUUAUAGUGACCAUGGUAUAUAAUGAUGAACAACGACAUGAAAUUGAAGAAAAAUUAUCUUGGCAACAAGAGUUUUACCUGCAAGAAAUGGAGAUGUUGUUUAACCAGCAAAUGUGUGCAAAAAGACAACAUCCACAUUUAAAUGUAGCAUGGCUGACCGCAAUGAUGAAUGAUAAUUAUGCUGUUGGUGCCAUUUAUUUAGCUUAUGUCAUUAAAAAACUGUCUUGUCACCAUAAAAUGAUUGCUUUAGUAUCAGAUGGUGUUACUAAAAAAUCACAAGAUGCAUUAAAAAAAGCAGGUUAUGAGGUGCGGAAUGUUGAGCCUCUUGACUGUGACUGGAUGGAUCGCAGGAAAGGAAAUAUUGAACGCCAUCUUGGUUUACCUGGCACUCACAUGCGUUUUCAUGCUUGGAAUUACACUGAGUAUGAUAGUAUUGUUUAUUUAGACCCUGAUGUAAUGCCUCUUAAUAAUAUAGAUGAGUUGUUUUGGUUAGAUGCUGAAAUGGCAGCAAGUUAUUGUGCACGACCAGGAAUACUGGACCCUUGUUUUAAUGCUGGGUUACUAAUGUUUAAACCUAGUUCAAAGAGUUACAAUGAAAUUAUGAAUAUGUGGUCACAUCUAUCAACAGGAGCGAGCUGUCCUAAUGAUCAGGUAUUAUUGUGGCAUUAUUACGCUGAUAACAAUAAAUGGUUACCUUUGCCAUAUGCGUAUAAUGUACGAAGAUACUUGUACCAUCCAAUGAAAGUCUAUCAUUUUGCUUGUUGCUUGACAAAAAAACCAUGGAAAAUGCCACAGCCAACCGAUAUUGAACUUCAAACUUUCAAAGGUCCAUUAACUGAACCAAAUGAAGUUGUGCUUUUGUGGUGGAAACAUUUUAGAGAUGCACUUGCAUAUUUUGAACUUAACAAGUGGUACGAGGAAAUUAAAAAUACAAUAUAAUUUAAUAAUCAUUUAAAUUUUAUGUUAGCAUCUUCACUAUCAAUAAUUAUUAUGAUUACAUAAUCAUCUCUAUAUCAUAAUUGUUGUUUAUGAUAUUUCAGAAUCAUAUUUAUUAAUGGUUAUAUCUACAUAAUGUAGUAUUUGAUUUUUGAAUAAAUUCUUUUUUAUAUUAAAAAAUCCAAAGUUAACUUUA